UAUAUAUAAUCGGGUCACAGGUAAAAUAAUUAUGCUAUAUGCGUUCCUCAACCUUUGCCACAGGACACGUUUAAGUUGCUGAGAAAAUAUUUUAUAGUAAUAAUAAUAAUAAUAAUAAUAAUAAUAAUAAUAAUCUUUAUAUCCCGUUCUCUUCCCAGCCGAAAUAAAUCGUUCGCACGUUUCUUUCUCUCUGCUCCAUUAUAUCGACUUGGAUGCAUGAAUGGAGGGAAGCCCGAGGAGGAGAAGCAGCGCCUCGUCCUCGCCGGAGUUCGAGUUUCUGGCCAUCAGCAAUUCCCCGGCGCAGCUCCUCUCCGCUGAUGAGCUCUUCGCCGACGGUGUUCUGCUUCCACUCCACCUGCUCUCCCUCCGCCAACCUCACCCCGGGCGAGAGACCGGAACGGGAACUGAACCGGAACCUGAACCCGACCCAGAUCCCUCGCUUCCUCCUCCUCCUCCUCCUCCUUCCCCGACCGACGACAUUACGGCCUCCAUCUCCUGCUCGCCGACGUCGGGGUCGAAGCGGUGGAAGGACAUCUUCAGGGUCGGGGAGAAGAAGGCGGCGGAGGCGAAGGAGCGGAAGGGCAGCAGCGGUGGUGCCGCGGAGCCGAGCAUCAGCCUGUGGCCCUUCUCCCGAAGCCGCUCCGCGGGGAACCCGGCGGCUGGCGGUGGGCGGCCGAGGGCGACGGCCUACGGCCGCAAGGUGAGCAGCACGCCCUGUUCGAGGAGCAACUCGAGUGGGGAGUACUCCGCCUGGCCGGCUCCGGCGGCGGGGGGCAGGAGGUGGGCGGCGAGCCCAGGCCGGGCGGGUGGGGUUCCCGUGGGCCGGACGAGCCCGGUCUGGCAGAUUCGGCGGCCCGAGCACAGGGAUAAGAUCACCGGAAGUAAGACAGGCAGCGUCGGCGCCGGGAUCAGGGUGCUCAAUUUGAACGUGAACACUUUGGUUGGGUUCCGCCGCGGCGAGGGGAGCUGCAGGGGUGACGAUAAGGUUGGCUUGACCGCGCGUGCUCGGACCGCUGGUCACAGCGGUGGGAGUCUUUUCAGCCUGAGGGCUCUUUUCUCCAAGAAGGUGUACUGAUGAUUCAUGUAAAUAAUCAUCUCAAUGAGAGACUUCCUCUUUUUCUC